GAAUUUUAAAGUAUAAAUAAAUAUGGCGACAGCCAUGUAGCUUAAACUUAAUCUUUUUUCUAAUAAUACAAUGCAUUAAGUUCUGGUUUAUUGGAAUAUUGUUUAACUAAGUAUGUGAGUGUGGUAUGAGGCUGAGCAUGAAUGUUUUCUACAUUAGAGGUACAAGAUACAAGGAACCAUGUCUGACAUUAUAGAGGAUUUAGAGGUUCUUUUGAGAAGAGUUAUCAAUAUACUUGGUCACAUUUUAACUGGCUUGUGUCACAGACUGGAAGAGAACAAUCACAGACCUUUGAAUAGUAAAACCCUUGUCAGAUGGAUCUCAGUUUUCCUGCCGAGGCCAAGAGACCCGCGGCUCAAACUUCAGACAAAGCUUGGGACCACAGAAUUUGAGAGAUGGGGGAGCUGUGCCAGCUUGUAUUCUGCAUUUUCUUAUUCAAGUGUCAAUGAUUUAGUGCAAGAAGAUUUGGGAGAGAACAUUGUUAGGUUUAGGCUUGGUGGUGCAGAUGAUGAUGAUGACCUUUUUGAUGGUGGAAAUUUCGAUUCACUGAAGCAUAAAGAGCAUCUAACAUCAACACCAAACUGCAAUGUUUCUUCAUUCAGCCAUGGGGCCAGGACAGCGAGCUUUGCUUCCCAAGAUGGUAUUGCCAAUGGUAAACUGGCCGAAAUGGAGGAGGAACUCGCCACACUGCGUAAACAGAUUGCAAUGCUAGUCAUGGCUCAAGAGAUGCCUUCUAUAGCACAGAAAAAUGAAGAAGAUGUGACAUUGAAGCAGGACAUGGCUCACAAGGAAACAGAUCUGCCCACGUCAUGUGACUCAUGUUCCUCCCUGGAAGACUCGGGCUGUGAGAGUGAGAAUGUAGCAACUGUCAUAUCACCCACCAGCGACCAGGCUCAACCUGGUCAUUCACCCAAGACUUUUGUCGCUCCUCCCCCUCCACCCCCCAUUUUAGCCACGCAAAAGUUAAACUAUCAGAAAACUAAAGUAGAAUUUACAAGAGCCAGUUGUCCAGAUUUAGUUCAUGUUUUGAAAGAUCUGAGUAAUGUCAAGCUGAAAGCAGUACAGAGAUCACCUGGAGGAACCCCAAUGAGGAGGAAACCUUUGUCUCAAGCCUCUGACCCUGCUGCCAUUAUAGCUCAGGCCUUGAAAAAGAAAUUUGCCAACCACAGGGGGAUGAGUCCAGAUUCUGACCAUGAAAAUGACAGCAGUUCCUUUUUUUCUGAUAGCAACAGUCCGUAUGGCAAAAAUGUGAAAGAUGCCAAGAGAAGACUUAACAUGUUGUGUGAUGACUCUGAUAAUUAGGCAUUAUCAGCUGAUUUUUAUUAAUUUUAUUUAAGUUUUUACCUAUAAAAUUGAUGAAGCUAUAGUUGUUUUGAUUGUAGGUUUACAACCUACAUCAUCUCUAUAAUUUUAAGCCUUGAAUUUCUAAUAUGUGAACCAUGUACACAUCUAUAUAUAGUGUAUCUUCUGAGGUAGUAUGUUAAGAGUAAUUUGCUGUGGCCAUGAUAUUUUAAGGGUCAAGUAUAUGUUUUUUAAAGAACUACCAUUGUAAUUGGUUAAAAUUGUGUACUCUCCCACUGAGUAUUUGAUUUGUGUAUAUCUUACAAACUGCUCUUAAUUAGAGGUAAGUAGACUUAGAAUUUCAUUUUGUGUUUUUUUCCUACAUUAAUACUCUACAUUCACAACAAAUGGCCUUAUCUGGAUUGUCAUAUUAACUUCAGGUCUAAUAUUUUCUAAUACAAGUUUUUCUCUGAUCAUACACCAUGUCAAGCAUUUUCUCAUUACUUUCUGUAUCCGUAAAUAGUUAUAUCCAUUCCUGAAGUUCUCAGUGAACCUUGUAUUUUACUUAUCAGAAAGAUUAUUAUUAUUAGUGUAGAUAGCAUUUUACUGACUGGAUGGUUGUUUACAGGUUACAGUAGUGACUACUGUUAUGUGUAUAAAGAAUUACUCUGUCUUGAUCAUUUGAAGGAUGAAUGUUGUGUUACAAAAAUCACUUUAUGAUCAGUGAUGUCGCAAUAGCAGCUAAAUUUUACAGAGACUUUGU